CGGAUUGACAGAUUUCGAGUUGAAUCUCCACAUGUGUUUUGUUUUCGUUUGAUUUUUAUGAGAGUUGUAGAAGUUGCAAAACUUUGAUAAAAUUAGUGUAUAAUCCUUUUAAUAUUGCAAUAAUAUUAUUUGUCGAUUUCUUCGGCAAACGAUGGAACAGGAUAGUGCGGAUGUAGCAGCCAGCACGCAUGGAACGAAUCAUUUUAAAAAUCGCUCCAAAAAGCGUAAAUCCGCCGGCAAACGAUUCCUUCAAAACGCAAAAGGAUUCGGACGGAAGAAUAGUUUUGGACGGGGUGCCGAACUCGAGCAAGAUGAGUACAAUUAUUUCCUGGAAAUAUUGGAAGCCCUAGGGACGCUGCAGGAUGCGGAGGAACGUUCGACCAUGGCGAACAAUGUGUACGAACAAAUCCAGGGCAAGGAGAUCAAGACUUCUUCCAACCAGCUGAGUAGUCGGGUCCUGGAGAAUCUGCUUGGCUACACGGAAGAGGCUACGUUCGAGCGUUUAAUGGAGGUGUUCGGCGAAAAUUUGCGUGUGGUUUGCUGUGACAAAUUUGCCUCCCAUGUGCUUCAGAAGAUGCUCUUUGUUGCCAUGUUGAGAUGUGUUGGAGAGCUACAGUCGGAAACGGAAGCAAAAUUUGCACUUGGGAAUAAAAAACGUAAGUUGCAGAUCGACGAUGAGAUGGUUUUCAAUUUGAAUCACAGUGCUUUCGGUGAGGGACAUCGAAAAACUUGUGGUAAAUUUGUCAAGAAGAUGGCGAAGUUUCUGUUGAACAAUCUCGAGGAAUUCGUUUGGGAUUCAUUCGGGAACUACGUGAUCCGGCAGUGCGUCUUGAACUUGGCGGGUAUCGCUGAGCUAAAAGUGACUAAAAGAGAAUCGUCAGAGCAGAUGAAAUUGAUAGUUCCCGAUAAAUGGUUUAAAUUGAUAAGUGAGUUCAGCUUACGACUGUUAAGUUGGCCGCAAUUCCCCGAAUUUCCGUACAAUGAAUUCACAUCAGUUUUGCUCCAAAACAUUUUAAUGGCCUUGAAACAAAGCGGAGAUUUGUUCCAGUUACUCCAGAUCGGCGAAAAACUGUUGAAUGAGAGUUUUUUGUUGGUGGUAAAUGAUGAUUCUGUUGAAAAAGAAGAUGUCGAAGAUAAGCCCAAACUUCCAAAAGUGUUUCAGCAGGAUAGUUCAGUUCGGUUGCUGGAAGUUCUCCUAUUGGUUGUCGACCCGGAAUUUCUCAAAGACAAUUUAUUCAAAAAACUCUUCCAAGGAAAAAUAGCAGAGUUAAGUAAAACGCCUGCGACAAAUUUUGCUGUGCAGAAAUUGUUGGAUACAAUUUUCGACAAACAUAUUCUUGAGCACAUGUUCUCUGAACUGGACGAUGGAUUGGAGGGGAUUUUACAGCUUGGCCAUACGGGAGUAGUGGCAGCGCUGGCGAAUGCUUGUAACCGUUUGUCCUGUCAGCAGGGAAAGUUUAUUAAGCUUCUGCUAGAUGCUCUUCACUGUUCGGAAGUCUCAGGAGAGAAACUUCUAACAUCGAUUCUAAAGCUUAUGCCCCCAGAAGUUGCUGCCAAACAGGAAUCCACAAGCAUCCAUUUACACGGGUCCAUGAUCCUUCAGGCAGUACUGGAAUUCAACAAGCCAAUAAAAAUUGUGACCGCAAUUCUCGAUACGAAAAACGAUCGAUUGGUCAAGAUAUUCACGGAUCCGAAGGGUUCCUUCAUUGUGAACGCAUUUGUGCAAUCUAAAUUCGUGGGUGAAAAAUCUCGUGAGAAAAUCAUCCGGCAUUUGGAAGGAUGUUUUAUGGAUUUGGCGUUGUCAUCGCACGGUUCCCGAGUUUUGGAACUCCUGUAUGAAGUCGCAGGACCAGCACAGAAGGAAGCGAUCGUUAGGGAACUAUCGGAGCGGGUUGCACAGCUCAACAGCAAACCCUGGGGAGCGAUUGUCAAUCGGAAACUGUUGAUUGACACCUAUCGGAAAAAUCCCAGCCAGUGGAAAAGAUCGUUUUCUUUCGAUAGUAAAAAGGAGAAACUGUUCGAUAAAAUUCUCGAACCAAGCAGUGAGACUAAGAAGCGUAAAUUAUAAUAAAAUUUGGACUUUAUAUGUUAA